AUGGCCACCUUGAAGGAGAAGAGGACUUGUGGGCAGCGAUGUGAAGACUUUGGCCGUUUUGUCUGGAACUCCGACAAUGGGACGUUUAUGGGGAGAACACCAGAGAAAUGGGUGUACAUCAGUCUGUAUUAUGUGGCCUUCUACGUGGUGAUGACAUCCCUCUUUUCUCUGGCCAUCUGGACCCUCAUGUACACUUUGAGUCCUUAUGCACCGGACUAUCAAGACCGGCUAAAAUCUCCGGGGGUGAUGGUGUGGCCGGACACUUAUGGAGAGGAAGAUAUUGAAAUCACCUACAACACAUCAGACAAGGCCUCCUGGAUGAAAAUGUCCAACAUCCUUCAUACGUUUUUGGAGCCCUACAAUGACACCAAGCAGCUUGAAUGUAACAACUACAACUGCACUAAGGGAAAGUACUUCAUCCAGAAGACCUUCUCUGCCCCCCACCACACCAAGUGGGCAUGUCCAUUCACACAAAGCAUGCUGGGACCCUGCUCAGGAUUAGAGGACCCAACCUUCGGCUACAACUGCACCAUGCCUUGUGUCAUCAUUAAGAUGAACAGGAUCAUUGAGUUUUUGCCUUCUAAUCACACUGAGCUUCCCCCAUACGUCAACUGCACUAUACUGGACGGACAAGCCAAUGUGGACAAAAUUGAGUAUUUCCCUGACAGGGGAAUUUUGGAUCUCUCUUAUUUCCCUUACUACGGAAGACUGGCACAGCCUACUUACGUCAACCCGUUGGUGGCGGUUCGGUUCAGCCUGGUCGGAGAGAAGCACGCCAAGAUCCAGUGCCGAGUGGUCUCCGACAAGAUCAGCUACGAGAACUUCCACGACCCCUACGAGGGAAAAGUCAUCUUCUACCUCAAAGCAGUGAAAUGA